UCCGCCCUCUUCUCCCUUCCGGUUUGAUCUUUGCAGUGGAUGUAGCUUGUUUAGAAGUAGCUGCAGAGUAAUCUUCCCCAUCUAUCAAUAUGAGAAUUUAUAAAGAUAUUUUUACCGGAGACGAAAUGUUCUCUGACACAUACAAAAUAAAACUAAUUGAUGAUGUCCUUUAUGAGGUGUAUGGAAAGCUGGUCACAAGAAAAGCUGGUGAUAUAGAAAUCGCUGGCUUCAAUCCGUCUGCUGAAGAAGCAGAAGAAUGCACUGAUGAAGCAGUCGAAUCAGGAGUUGAUAUAGUUUUGAAUCAUAGACUUCAAGAAACUUUUGCAUUCGGAGACAAAAAAUCAUACACAUUAUACUUAAAAGAUUAUAUGAAGAAAUUAGUAGCCAAAUUAGAAGAAAAAUCUCCCGAUCAAGUUGAGGUUUUCAAGACCAAUAUGAAUAAGGUGAUGAAAGAUAUUCUUAGUAGAUUCAAGGAACUACAGUUUUUUACCGGUGAAUCUAUGGAGAUCGACGGUUUAGUUGGUCUUAUGGAAUAUAGAGAGAUUGAUGGUGAAUCCAUGCCUGUCAUGAUGUUUUUUAAGCAUGGACUCGAUGAAGAAAAAUUUUAAAGAAAUCUUAGAUAUUCAACAAAUUGGAAAAGUUUUAUAAACAAUAACUAAGACUGCACACAAAUUAAUAAAAAUUAAUAAAUAAAUAAAUAUGAUAUACAUAAACUAUGAGAUUUAGUUACAGAUGUGUAUUGCAAAAUAUUACUUCCAUGAAUAACAACAAUUUUCUGCAGUGCAGUUAAAUUAUUUCAUCAAUAAUGUAAAGUAUGUAUUCAAAGGAAAUAUCACUGGAUAUACAUAAUUUACAACAGGAGUAUGGAUGAAUGAAAAAAAUGACAAAAAUGAACUUUUACAACAGUUGUUUGAAUACUUUAAAUAAUUGAAAUAAUUUGUGAUAAAUUUAAGAUCUUUUUUGUUUUUCUUAUUUUACUUGGUGCUUCGACCAGUAAUUUUAUUUAUAUAUAAUAUGUAUAUAUAUAGAAAAAAAAAUAACGCAAACAAAAUAUGAAAGAUGGGGAAAGAAUUUGCAGUGAUAGUAAAAAUCACAGUGCAUAAAAUAAAUGCCUAAAAUUAUUGUUAAUAUCAAUAAUAAUAUCUACAACCUAUAA